AUGGGCGAUCAGACGCCGUAUUCCGUCCAGCGGGGAACACAAUCAUCCCUCGACCGUUCGAAAGUUUUAAAAUUUCCUUCCUUUUUUUCCACCGUGCGCGCAUGGGACUGGGUUGGGGUGUCACAGUACUUCCUGCUGUCGUUCCUGGCCGUGGUAGUGCUGGGUGUCGGUUCCGUGCUAGGUUACGCGUUUCGCGAGCGCAUCGCACUGGGUCUGCAGGAUCAGAUGUACGAGAGUCUGGAUAUGUAUGGCCGGCGCCGAUUGACAACCGUUUCGUGGGACAUGACGCAGGAGGAUUUGCAUUGCUGCGGUGUGGAGGACUUUCGUGACUGGAGCGAACGUAUCCCGGAUUCGUGCUGUAUGGAUGAUUAUGGCGCCCGGAAGCGACCAUGCCAGCAGCUGCAGACCUCCCUGACGAUCUAUCGGAUCGGGUGCUAUGAAGCGAUCACACAGGCGUUGGUGGCAAACAGUUUGCUGCUGGGCGGUGCAUCGAUGGUGCUGCUGUUGGCGAUCGUACCGGCGACAAUUAUGGCGUACUACAUGUUAACUACCAUAUAGAAUGGUAGGGACAAUGUAGGGAGAUAUGGAAUAAAAUUGUUAAAGAGAAGUGAAGAAUAAAGAGCGACACAGGUGUUUAAAGCUUUA